AUGAGCGAGGCCGAGAGGAUCUACCAAGCUACUGCCGCUCGUGACGCCGGUGCCUAUGUUCCCGACCCUGAUCAGGACGCACCCAAGAAGGAGAAGAAAGAAGAUGGCGAGGCCGAGGGCGAAGCUGCUGAAGGCGAAGCUGAGGGUGCCGAGAAGAAGGAAAAGAAGGACAACAAGCCUCCACCACCAAAGCACGGUAACAAGACUCCAUGGCAAGUCUUCACCGAGACGUUGCAAACCGAGUUCAAGGAGAGCAAGGAGUGGAACGAAGGUACCAAGCAAUUGUCUGGUAGCAUUCACGACUUCACCGAGAACCCCAACGUUCAAAAGGCUCGCGCCGCAUACGAGAAGAGUACCGGUGCUCUUUCGUCCGCUGCUGGAAGCACAAUCAAGACUACCGCUGGAGCCAUUGGCAAGAGUGCUGCCUGGACAUGGGACACCAACGUCGUCAAGGGCAUCAGAUACGGUGCUGGCGCAGUCGGUUCGGGUCUUGAGAAAGCCACUCGUCCUGUUAGAGAGACCGAAGCAUUCAAGAACGUCAAGGAGGUCAUCGAUGACGGUAGCUCUAUGCGCUACGGUGGUUGGGUCGAGAAGGAGGAGCGUAGAAAGCGCAGAGAAGCAAGAGAAGCUAAAGACAUCGCCGAGGGUCGCAGACCUUCAGGCGAGCCCUUGGUCGAGGAUCCCGAUGCUGGAGUCAACGUGACCGUUCACAAGGAUGCAGCCUGGAAAGAAUCAUGGCGCGAGUUCCGCGACAGCAGUAAGACGAUGCAACGCCUCUUCGCUUUCAAGAACACCUACGCCGAGUCCGAAAACCCUCUGAUUUCUACUGCCCGCAGUAUCAGCGACCGCGUGGCUGGCUUCUUCGCCGAGAACGAGACAGCCAAGGUCAUCAAGAAGUUCCGCGAAAUGGAUCCCAGCUUCCAAAUGGAGCCUUGGUUGCAAGAGAUGCGCGAGUACAUUCUUCCUGAAGUCCUUGACGCCUACGUCAAGGGCGAUACCGAGGUACUCAAGCAGUGGUUGAGCGCAGCACAAUACCAGGUCUACGCCGCUCUGAUGCAACAAUACACCCAGCAUGGUCUCGUAUCCGAUGGUCGCAUCCUGGAUAUCCGCAAUGUCGACGUACUCAACGCACGCCUGCUUGAGCCUGGUGACAUUCCCGUCUUUGUCAUCAUGUGCCGUACUCAGGAGGUGCACGUCUACAAGAACAAGAAGACUGGCCAACUGGCUUCUGGUAUGGAAGACAAGGUCCAACAAGUCACAUACGCCAUCGGAGUGACCAGACUUCCCGAGGACGUACACAACCCCGAAACUCGCGGAUGGAGACUGAUUGAACUCCAAAAGAGCGCAAGAGAGUACAUCUAA